AUGAAUCGAAACAUUGCCGUGACACUUCUCUCAACCCUUCUCUUAAUAUUGGUUCUCUUGAUUGCGUCAAGCGAACAAUUAUCUCUCAGAAACGUUCCUGGAGGAAAAUCCAAUGAAACUGACAGAAAGAAGAUCGCUGAUCUGCUUCAAUUCUUAGGCUCCAAGUUAAGCGAAUCUCAGUAUCAAGCCACCAUUCAAAAGGUCGCUCGUGUGGAGAGACAAAUCGUGAAUGGCAUGAAUUAUUUCAUCACCUUGCAUUUAAUCUUCAACAAUGAUGAAAACAAGAAUGAACGAAUUUUCGAAGCAAGAAUUUAUGAAACUCCCAAUUACUUACCUCAUGAAUUCAGAAUUGUUUCCUUGAUUGAAAAGACAGAUUCUGAUUCUUCAACAACAAUACCAGUUGUUCAAGAAGAAAAAGACGAAGCAAAAUUCGUUCCUGGAGGAAGACAUCCUGAAAGAAACUUUUUAAAGAUUGUCGAACUUGUGAAUUUCCUUAGCAAGAGAUUGGCAGAAGGAGAGAAUGGAGGACUUCUUAUCAUUAGAAAAAUCCUUCAUGUUGAAAAACAAGUGGUGAAUGGAGUGAAUUACUUUGUUGGCAUGCAUUUGGAAUCUCUCAAGGAUAAGACCAUGCGAGUGAUGGAGGCCAAGAUUUAUGAACCCCCAAGUCACAGUGAGUCCGCUGGCGAAUUGAAAUUAAUUUCUCUAACUGAAAUAAACGCUCCAUAA